GCCAGCUGUUAGAAGCUGCCAGUCCCCUCAGAGCGGCUCACACUGAGCUCUCGGGGUCACCAGGAACAGCCAACGCUGUGUAUUCCUCCUCCACCGGCUCUUGCCGAUUUUCGGUUGUGGUCCAGAACGUGACCACCAGAUUCCUGAUGAUUUUUGUGAACUCUGCGGCAUCCCGGGCCGUUUACUGUCACCUGGUGAAUCUGUCCGAAGGGCAUCGACAACCCUGCACUAUACAGGAUACUCCACCCGGUAUCCUUCUCCGCCAGCUCGCUAACCGACGGUUCGUUGCAUUCAAUGCAAAGUGCAGCAUCAACUGACUCAAAGGAACAGAUCAAACAUCAGUCAUUUAUUCAGCAGUUAAACUCCAUGUACUUACCGGGGACCGAUGUUCAGGUACGUUCUGACCGAGCAGUCAUUCUGAGGUUCGAGGAAGGAGAAGGUUGAAGAAGUAAACUUCGGUUAGAAGACUGAGCAGAAUGGAUGUGGCACACGCAGCAGUUGACACCUCAGUGAGCGCCAGGUUCAGUGAAUACUACAACAAUGAGACGGUUGUCUUGCACUAUAAUUACACUGGGAAACUGAGUCCGAGCCGAUACCAGACGGGGUUGAAGGUUCACACGAUCGUGUUUCUAAUAGUUUGUCUUUUUAUAAUAUUUGAGAACUUACUGGUUCUCAUCGCCAUCUGGAAGAAUAGCAAGUUCCACAAGCCCAUGUACUACUUGCUGGCCAACCUGACUCUAUCUGACAUGCUGGCAGGAGCCGCUUACAUGGUCAACAUCCUGCUGUCCGGUGCCAACACACUGAAGCUGACCCCGAUCCUGUGGUUCUUGAGAGAGGGGGGCGUUUUCAUCACACUCACAGCCUCCGUCUUCAGUCUCCUGGCCAUCGCGGUGGAAAGGCAUGUUACCAUGGUGAGAAUGCAACUGUACAAUACAGAUAAGAAGUGGCGGAUACGCUUCUUUGUGGCUGCAGACUGGACUAUCUCGGUGUUCCUCGGAAGUCUCCCAAUCAUGGGGUGGAAUUGUAUUGGGAACUUGUCAGAAUGCUCCACAGUGCUGCCACUGUACUCCAAGAAAUAUAUUCUAGUUUGCAUCUUGAUCUUUGUAUCAAUCUUGUUUGCAAUCGUUAUAUUAUACGUUCGGAUUUAUCGUUUAGUGAAAUGCAACAAUCCUAUGGAAGGCACAUCGAGAAGCAUGGUGUCCAGAAGGUGUCAGAAAUAUAUGGCGUUACUCAAAACUGUUACCAUUGUGGUGGGCACCUUCAUCGCCUGCUGGUUGCCGCUGUUCAUCGUGCUGCUUCUGGAUGUUUCAUGCACAGCAGGGACUUGCAGGAUUCUUUAUAAGGCUGAUUAUUUCCUGGGGCUAGCCAUGAUUAAUUCAGCACUGAAUCCCAUCAUUUACACUCUGACCAGCAGAGACAUGCGCCGGGCUAUCGUGCGCCUGUUGUGCCUGACCAAAGAAGGAGAACAGGCUAAGUGCUGCGGGAUCUUGGUCUCUGAAUGCAGCAGCAGUCAGAUAGACAGGUCAUCUCACAGACAUGAGCCCCUCCAUACAACUCUGUCCUCUGGCAGCGGACCUCAAUCACCUACUAGGACCUCAGUCGCCUGACUUGGAUGGCCGCAGUGUCCAGAUUAACACUGACCUCAGACAGGUAGCACUUGUUGGCCAGGAAACUGCACCCACUUUCUGCGUCUUGCGUUGUAGGGAUGACCGGAGUUAAAAAAAAACCUGCCCGUGCCCAAUUAAGAGAGUGCUGAUGUGUGGUGGCAACAGAAAACAGAACAUUUGUGGGCAGCCUGAUACCAUAGCCUGGCUUCUUGUUGGCACUGAAAACCUUUCGCAGGUUUCAGCACAGCUUAGAAUGUCUCAGAGUUCAUGUAAAAUAUUUUCAAAAUCGGACCCAUGCAAGUUUGCUUGUUUUAAAAUGAAAUUUGAUUGAUGUAGACCAAUAUGGGGUUGUUAAAAGAAAAGCUUUUAACAAUAUCAGCAGCAGAUCAUUCGGCCUGUACCUGCGAUAAUCCAGCCUCGCAUUGGCUCCAUGGAAUAAAAGUAACCAAUUAGGCGCAUAAAUUCAACAAAACUCAACUUUAAAAAUGUAAAAGGAAGUUCGUGAUGACUCCACCCUCGUGUUGCAAGACACCAAGUUGCGUAACGAGUAUCGAAUAUUGAGAAUCAGUGCGAGAAACAUAGCUUUCCGCCUUCCGAUGUGACAUUCUUUGUAGGAAUCCAGUUAGCUCUGCUCCCACAGUACUUUGUCAUUCUGAAAUACAAUCUCCCCCACCCCCACCCCCAUCCCGUGACAGUUUGAACCACGGAGCAAAUCACCGCGGGAAAAGGCAGCGAACAUAUAUUUCAGUUCACCUCGACUCCAGAUUAAAGCAACAAAUUCCUCCGAAGACUGUAGCCGAAGGAAGUUUAAACCGAUUAAAAUUUAAAGCAACAGCAAGUAUUAAACAUUUCUGGUAACUGCAGAAUAAUGUUGCAUUAAACUAAUUGGGAAGUAACAUGCAUUGAAUAUAUUUAAGCAGAGAUUGAGUAAAUCCCGACAUGAUUAUUACUCAAUUGACAUUGCCAUUUGAAAUGUUAUAGACAUAAAUUGUGAAGCCAAAAUUAACUGCUAUGCGCUAAAUACACUGCUGCCCAUGUUCCUCAGCAAAAGGAGAAGACCGGGCCAGAGGGUCACAGUUGAAUGCACGCACCUGCAAAGUCAAGAUAGGAUCAAUGCUCUUGCCUCCCCAUCACGGAUGAAAAGUUCCUACUGAUUCACACAUUUCCACUUUGAACUGUUAACUCUUUUCCAGGGUUCACCCUGGCUGCUAUACUAAAAUAGCUAGUUAACAGUAAAGCUGGAGGAACACAGCAGGCCAGGCAGCAGCAAAGGAGCGGGAAAGCUGACGUUUCGUGUCGGGACCCUUCUUCAAAAAUCCUGGCUAGUGCUUGGAGUCCCAGAAUGUCAUCAUAAAGUUGUUAUCCCAAAUAAAAGUGGGCUGGAGGAGCAGGUUAGGAAAUAGCCGGCGCUAUUCUAGACAGACGUAUCUUCCUACUGGACCUGUCAGCUUGGUGCAAGUGAGCUGGGGAAAUUUUCAGUUUCAAAUAAUUUAAAUACAUCAGAAGCUAAUCAAACAUCUUUUUACAGCUAGAUAAUUCAAGCAGCAACUUAUAGACAUCAUUGUAGUUCUGACCAGAUUGCUCUCAAGGAAACAAAGGGUGAAACAUAGAAACAUAAAAGAUAGGAGUAGGAGGCCAUUCAGCCCUUAGAACCUGCUCCACCAUUCAUCACAAUCAUGGAUGAUCCCUCAAUUCCAUGGCUUAAUCCUGCUUUCUCCCCAUAACCUUUAUUCACAUUAGCCCCAAGUGCUAUAUCUAGUCGCCCCUUGAAUACAUGCAAUGUUUUGGCAUCAACUACUUCCUGUGGUAAUGAAUUCCACAGGCUCUCCACUGUUUAGGUAAAGAAAUAUCUCCUAAUCUCUGUUCUAAAUGGUCUAUCCCAAAUCCUCAGACGGUGACUCCAGAGUCUGGACACACUCACCAUUGGGAACAUCCUCCCUGCAUCUACCCUUUCUAGUCCCGUUAGAAUUUUAUAAGUAAGAUUCCACCACCCCCCGCAUCAUCAGAAUUCCAAUGAAAACAAUCCUAACCUAGUCAAUCUCUCAUCGUACAUCAGUCCCGCUGUCCCUGGAUUCAACCUGGUAAACCAUCACUGCACUCCCUCUACUGCAAGAGCAUCCUUCCCUAGAUAAAUAAAUGAUAGCCCAAAUAGUGAUGCUCACAUCCCAAGUUAAUUUUUAAAAUUGCAUUAAGCGCCUGUUGAAUUGAAUUAGUUUUAUUGUCACAUGUACUCAAAUGAAAAGGGAAAAGUUUAUAAAUUGCACUUACACUGCCAUAUUAGGUACAAAAGUGCCUAGGUACAAUCCUUAGAAUAGUUGGCGAUACAGAAAUGCUGUCACCAGCUUAAACCUCAACAUUUGGACAUGGAGAGUCUGCAAUGAGAGGUAGUAAUAAUCUCUUGUCACAUUACUUCAUCGCUGAUGUAGAUUUUUUGCAUUGGAUAUUUUUAUCCUACAUUUGCACUGAUUUUUCCCCUUGAUAGUUUGGUCAAUGGGUGCUAGGAGCCCUCCUGGAACUCAUCCUAAACCUCAUUUCUCCUAAUGAAUAUAGGAGGUCAUUCAAUGGCAGGAGAUAUCACAGCCAAGCCAGUCUCUAUCUUUAUUUCUACAUGUGUACACUUUUUAGCAGAGAUUACUGGGCAAUAAUCAGGCUACAUGUGUUUCCUUGUAACAAACUGUAGCCUUUUUCCAAAUCUUCCUCACUCACCUCUAUCCCAUCAUUCCCUCCUCUAACUCUCUCUCACCUCCCUUUCUUUUCCACUUUAACCAACACAGACCAGUUAUUGAUGAUCUCUUUCAUCUCAGUUGGAGUUGCACAGUACAGUUUUUCUUUUUCAAAUCAGUGCAUAACCUGAGAUUUUUCAACUUUGGGCAUGCUGCACAAGAUACAAAAUUAAAUUAUUGUAGAGUCUGUGAGACAGAAUAAAGCAUUAUUAAUGUUGGCUCCUCUAACAUUGUGUGCCCCUUGCCUGAACUGAUAGCAAUUGAACUUCCUCAGUUACUUCUGAUGGUACAGGCCAAGCUGUUGAGUUAUGAACCCUUCAUACUGUCCUACUAAUGACACAGAAGAAAUUAUUCCAUCAUAAUUGUGUCUUGCACCUCUUUGCUCUCUGGCAGAAGAAAUUCAACUGGACUGCCCAAGGAGGAAUGAACAAUUUGAAAUUUUCCAAAGCUAAUCCUAAAUUAAACAUUGUAAGAGCAAUUAUACAGCUAUGGCCAGUAUUUGAUCUGUGAGAAUU